AUGGGUGCCGCCCAACGCAAGGAGGCGUCCGAGUAUUUCACGGCGGCGCUGACGUCCGACGCUGCCACCGCCCCUGACGAGUUAGAAUUUCUUUCUAAGGUGAAGCAGUAUGAACGCAGCCUCUGCAAUGGCUCAGAGCUCUACGGCGUAGCGGAGCCGAUUGCCGCCGCGGUGAUGAGCAAGACCGCCGAGACGGGGCGUGUGCGCUGGCUGCUGCGGCUGUGCAGUGAGGUCAUGCGCCGGUGUGUUGAAGCCCCCCACAGCAUAGAUGCCAGCACACCGGCGGUACUACACCUCGCUGAGCUGCUGCUGCGCCACAUCCUGCGGCUGACCAAAGGGUGGUCCGCGGCGCUUGCUAACGUCCUGGAGGCGACGGGGAAAUGUGGCGAGGAGAUACCGUUGGGCGAUGCGCCACUUGAGGACACCGCCGCGCUGCUGUGCCGUAUGGCGUUCUCUUUCGUGGUGCGCGUGCCGCUUGACGCGGCGACGGUGGCAACACACUUCGGUGUGCUGCGACUGCUACUCACGAUGACGUCGACGGCGCUGCACCACGGCACGGAAUUCCAGGAAGACACAAUGGACCUUUUCACGGAGCUGAUGUUGUCGUCGCCGUUGCUAGACGAGUGCCUAUCCACGCUGCUCCAGACCGUUGUCUCGUGGGGGAAACUGAGCUGGACGGCAAAGUCGCCGGCGCUCUACCACGAAGGGCAUCAGCCAUCCUUCCUCAACCUCUUCCACGUCUUUAGCACCCCCGCCACAGCGCCCGGGUUCGCAAGCGACAAGGGCGCGUAUGUGCUUGAAGUGCCGUGCUCGAUGACGUCCAAUGCCGCCUCCGCCGCCAGCGGCGUUGGUGCCUCUAGCGCUUCGACCAGCGCGCACCCCACAGACCCUGCCGCGGUGCUUAUGAAGAGCUGUAGCUGCUGGGAGCAGGUGGGCCGCCACGCCACGGCGCUGCUGUGCGUGCUGGUCGUUUAUCAAAAAGGCGGCGCCCGGAACCCGGCCCUCGAGUACGUGACGGCGAUACGGGAUGGCACCCCGGUAUCGUUCGUCGCGCUGCUCUCAGCUAUCCGGUCGCGGCUGACGAGCUUCCCUGAGGUGUUGAUCCUACUGUAUGUGCUGCUGCACGAUCACUGCACGUUCCUGCACACGGUGCUGACCGAGGAUGCCGCGCUACUCGUCUCAACGAUGCAGGAGCUGCUGGAGAUGACGAGCAGAACGUGUAGAAACACGGCGCGGCCAUCGCAGGCCGCUGCUGCUGGUACGGCCGGCGACGUCUUGCAGAACGCCGUACUGGGGCGGAUCAUCUUCCAGCUGCGCAUCUUCUCGUACCCCUUCAUCAACUUCAUGGCCAGUACGCUGCUGCUGCUCGUCUCGCAGGACCGCGUGGUGAACCGACUGCUGUGCAACACGCCGUGCCUUGGCAAGCACUUGCUAGAGCGCUACGAUGCAAAAGCCUCUGUUGGUGCGCUUGCCGUCGUAGUGCUCUCACUCGGCAUCCUCAAGGGGCUGACGGAGCGCAACGAGGCGCUCAUCGCUGUCUUCGCGCCAUGCCUGGUGAACCUCGCACCGUUUGUUCAAGGCAUAGACCCGUACACGGCGCAACGCGUGUCGGCGCUGCUGACGCUCGCGUUAAAGAAGAUUCAUCGCGCGAGCGCACUCUUGAUGGCAUCUACGGCGACGACCACCGCCGAAGGGAACACCUGCGCCAGUACCACAGCGGAGACUGUCGGCCAACCGACUGCCGCGCCAGACGACGUGGGCAGCUCCAUUAGCAGCACCAGAGGUAGCAUCACCACGGUGGUGACGUCUGCCGAGGAUGUACGGGCGCUGGAGGAGAUCCUCACCAUGUACCUGCGUCAACUACGCAUCGUUGUAGAAGGCGUUGAAUCGCUGCUGCGUGGUGCCAGCCGGCACAACGAGCAUCUCAUCUACGAGUUGCUCUACGUCCGCAACCGCAUUAUUGACGAUGUCGAUGCCGCCGUCGAGGCACAGUGCCCGCACGCCCAGCCGACAAAGCAGCUGCUCACAAACUUGGCCGAUAUGAUCCGGAACUGUGAAGCCGACAUCGCCAGCUCCAACCAGGCGCAGAGCCCGCCGGAGAUUUUGGCGAUUCUGCGGCGUGGUCAGCAGGCACAGCAGCAGCAACAGCACGACCAAGGCAAGAGUGGUAGCAUCAGCGGCAGCAAUCGCAAGGACGCGAGUGGCGGCGACGACGGCGGCGGUAGCUACACGGGUGUCAGCGUAUCGAGGGCCAGCAGUUUGAUGGCUGAACCAUCCGUGGCGGUGACAAUCGCGGAAGACGCGAUGACGGGCUCAGAUGGCGCCUCCGUCGACUUGGUGUACAGCUAUGAGGAGUCGCCGCACAGCUACGACUUCUUCGGGCCUUUUGUGUGGGCGACGUUGUUGAGCGCCGGCCAGUUGCCUGGAGCAGCGCUGUGGUGCCGCCACAGCAGCGAGCUCCCGUUGUUUCCACAUUGA